UGUAGUGCUGCCCCCCUGUAUUGUGCGGCCCUAAGGUAACACCACAACCCCCAGUACCGACCACCACCGUCUCCUGUACGCGCGGGAUCUGCACACGUGAUCAAGUCACCCGUUGCUAAGCAACGACAGAAUACAGGCGUCCCCCGCCGUUCUAACUCAUUACACCGCUCACGUGACCACACCGUCACAAUCUAAUACACCUGGGGGAUAUAUAGCGAUAAUACACAGGCAGCGCCUCGGUACACAGCGCCCGCUACCGGUCACUAAGAGGAUUGCAGGGCCUGACGACAAGCAACGCCCGCAGUUCCGUCCAGUAACCACGUGACGUCACUAGUGACGUGUAUGUGCCGCGCCGGAAGUGAAGAGGCAGUAGAGGAGCGCAGUAAUGGUGGAGUACAAGAUACGCAGUUAUGUUGGCCCUGACUACGAGGUGGUGCGGGAUCUGUUCUCUCACGGGAUGAGCGAGUACGUCCCUGCCGUCUGUAUCCACGUGGUGACGCGCCCCUGGGUCCUGUUCGUCAUGGCCUGUAUGUUCCUGUCCCUGCUCGUCAGCUCUAAGUCUAUCAUCCUUCCGAUCUUGGCCAUCACCCUCUCCCUGGCCUUGGGCCGCCAACUCCUCGGCUACAUCUGGAACAUGUACAUUGACCAUUGCUUGAAGGAAGAUCUGCAGGACAUCCAGAAGACCUACAUGGAGGACCAGGGCUCCCACUUCUGGGUGGCGGAGGUCGAGGACAAUGUGGUUGGGACAGUGGCGGCCAAACCUUGCGACGAGAACCCAGAUGAGCUCGUGCUGAAGCGAAUGUCUGUGAGGAAAGAUUUCCGGGGUCACGGCAUCGCCAAGGCCUUGUCCCGGGAGGUGAUCGGGUUCGCUCGGCAGCGAGGUUACAGGCGGGUCAUACUGAACACACUGAUGGUUCAGCACGAGGCGCAGAGGAUGUACGAGAGCGUCGGCUUCAGAAAGUACACGGAGUUUGUGCUGCCCACCGUGUACGGUCAACUGGUCAACUUCACCAUUUCCAAGUAUUGUUACGAUAUAUUACCAAUAAACUGACGCUGCCUCAAGACGCUGCCGCAAUUCUGGAACUCAGGGGACUGGCGGGCUAUGCCGCCAUUACAUGUCCUAGUGUGAGCCUGUAUAGAGCUGUAUAUGAUUUAUUUUAUGGACUUCUGUUUUUUUUUUUAUCUAUCGAUGUGAUUAAAUGCACAGAACUGUCCACAUCUGUUAUAGAGAUGCUAUAUUGGAGUAUCUCAGCGAAAAUAAAUGUAUGACUCCAUAUCACAUGGCUUUAUGAGGGAUCGGUCCUGUAAAACUAACCUGAUCAGCUUUUAUGAGGAGGGGAGCUCCAGACUGGACCAGGGGCAAUCGCUGGAUA